AUGUCACCUCCAAAGAUUAACCAAAGCGCGCCGGCUACUUACGGGCCUGAACCGCCUCCUAAUCAUCCUGCUGCCCAUGCCUUCGGUAAAGGCAAGAGAAAACUCAGAACUCUUGCCCCCUCAACAGGCCCUGGCACAGAGGCAGAGCUCCAAAACAAGGCAUCCGAUGACGAAAAGGAGCACAAGAAUAAGGGAUUCGAUGACAACAACAAGUGGCAUCUGUGGGAGAUUGAGACGAAUCUCCGACGAACAUUCAUUGAACAUCCACCAGGCCGCAAGAGCAAUCCUGCAUCUACCGAGGACAAAGGAAAAGGCAAAGCUCCUGUGCCCAGCCAACCUACAGGGAGAGAGAAGCAGCGGUCAGAGACCGGUGUGUCUCCAGCUGAGGAGGAGCCAGAAAUGAAGCGGUCGGGCCGUGUUAUGUUGGCAUUGGGGCUUACUCCCGAGAGAAUGGAAGGAGCACGGGAAAAACAGAUUUUGCAGGCUCCAGAUGAUUACAGGGGUGAUCCGGGGCCGGCGACUCUACAACACCGGCUUCAGCAACUAUGUUGGCAGCAGCAACCAAACCGGCCCGAGGGACAUAAUCCUGCUCUUCGGGCCCCGGCCCCUCCUCCGCUCAACUUAAGCACUGUCCCGCCGGAAGACGUUGACCCUCUAGACCCCAACAGGCCUCUCUUCAUACCCGAAGAUUACCUUGACGAUACGCAGGCGGCACCUUUUGGUAACAAAGGUUCAUUCCCACAGCAAGUUGAAACAACAAUGACAGAGGCGCGCAUCCGCGACCAGAUCUGGCGGAGCGCGUAUAUCCUUGGCCGGACGCUGACUGAAGAAGAGAAGAAGACCAUCAGGGAGACGAUAGAGGAUCUUGCAAGCACCAAUGCUCCGAGCGAGGCCAGCGUAAGCCCGAGAACGCCCACACUCGCAGAAAGACAGCCUAUCACUGCCACAAAUCCAAGGGAGACGAGGCAAUUUGUCCCAACUGAGUUGUCCCAAUCUACCAUCGCUGCGGAACCGGCCGGUACAAGACCAUCGGCCACGGUUGGGUUGGUUCAAUCUACCCCCACCAAGCAACCGGGCGAGACAAGACCAUUGGGCACGACCAGAUCGACUCCGUCUACCACAACAACCACGAACCUAACCCUGGCCGAGAAGAGGCCAUCUAUCACGGUCGGGGUACAAUCUACCACUGCUCGGGAACCGAACGAGGGGAGACCACCUGCCACGAGUCCCACGACCGGAUCGGCUCAGGACAGCGAUAUGAAUGCGGGCUCGCACCCUCCACCUGUUCAGGCCGAUACUCCGGGAGUGCAGCGCCAGCUGGCCACAUUCCAACAAGCCAUUAAUAAAAUUAGAAGCAAGUUGGAGGCGUUUGAAAAAAAAGCAGAAAAGCUCAACUCGACCCUCGAAGAGCAUGCUCUUCUACUGGAAACUCGACAAGGCCAGCCCUCUGAAGCUAGAGAGUCACAAAGCACGUGGGAAAGACAAAUUCGUGGUCUCCGAGAAGAAGUUGCAUCUCUCAGGGACGAAUUGCGAGCUGUACGAGAGAAGUCUGACUUAUCCAACCAGAAAAGCAGCAGCGCGAUGGCCCCGGCACGCCACAGACCACCAGCAGACGCCGAGUCGGCUACAGCCGCGCCGAGCGCUGAGACCAUUGAGAACAGCACCAUCAGCGCUCGCCGGUGCCGCUUAGAAGACGCAGCGGAAAGCAGUGGCAGCAGCGUUCGCAGACGCCGCUUAGUAGAAGCAGAGAGCAGCGGCAGCAACAGGGGGUCAGGAAGAAACGUCGGCGGUGGCAGCGGUAAUAACCCACUACAGCGGGACAAGACACUCGCAGCCAUUGAUGCCGGCUUGGUCGAGCAAAUGCAGCGCCUGCUCCUAUCGCGCAACGGAGGAACCGAAGCAGGUGGCCAUUCCCACAUACCGCAAUCACAGCGGCUUGUGCCCUUCGGGCUGCGAACGCUCCCUCGAUGGCUACGCCAACGGCGUCAUCUUGUCGAAGUAUAUAUGCAGCGUAUGCCGACGGCUGGAAGAGGUGUACGGACGCUGAGGUCGGUUCUUUUAGCCAUAGUUUUCUUCGUGGGGGUUUGGCUAGCGAUGGAGGCGAUGCUGUACAGCAAUCGGUUGGCCAGCGGAACUGGCAUGAUUGUCAAUGGUCCUUUUGAAGAAAAGACAGAUGUUGUGAUGGUUUUUGGAUCCUGGUUCCAAUUUAUCCUGUUUGAAGUCGUAGUGACGAUCAUUGUUUUGUGUUUGUUCAGGAGGGAGACUAGAGUUGGCACUUGA